GUUGUUCCAUCUAUCAGGCAGGCGUUGUUGUUCCUUCAUUAGGUAUCAUCAUGGUGGAAUACGAUCCGUCAGACGACCACUACAUACAAUCGCGCAAGGUUCAGAAUCGAAUCGAGGAAAUGGACAGCCAACUCCAAUCACUGCACACCGUAGUUAUAGUUACUUUCUUGAUUACUCUGCUUAUGAUUAUCUUUUAUGUUGGCGAGGUGAUUUGUAGCCCAGCUAGAGAGCCAAUUAUUCCUCCGCCUCCGACUGCUGUGGUGAUUCACAGAAAAGAUCGAAGGAAGAAAAAGCGCAGAAAAACCAAAAAAAUCCCUAAAGAUGAGUGCCGCCAUACGUUAAAUCGUUCAUUCCCAUCAAAGAAGAUCAUGCUUGAACUUGAUGUCAAAAAAACUGACAAGAAAAAGAAGGAAAUGGAAGAGAAAGAAAAAUCUGGGUUGGUGAAAAUUCCCAUUGGUGCGCCUCCCCCCUAUGUCGAAUCUGGAAAAGGAGGUACGACCGGAGAUGUAAAAGCUGUAUCCCAACCAGAAUCUAGCGCAGUUACCGCAACGGUCGGAAGCACAAUUUCUGGAGUGAGCACCACCUCUCUGCCCGUAUCAGCCACUCAACAAACGUCUGGCAGUCAAGACCGAACUGUGCUUCCGUCGACAGCUCCUCCUUCGCAGCCUCCUCAGCUUGACCAGCUCAAGACCGCUAUUUUGUCUGUGUCGCCACGACGCGCAAGGCCGGGGAUGGGCUCGACGUUAGGCCAGCCAUCACUGCCUGUGCCAGCUCAACCACCGACUCGCACAGUUCUUCCAAUGGCAAAGUCUCCGAGAAAAGGGAGAAGGAGGGCGACUGCGACUUCACCGAGGAGAUCUCAGCAGAUGGGUUCGGGAAGCGAUCAGCCGAGUGCGCAGUGAUAUGGAAAUCAAGCAUGAUCAUCGUUUAUCGAAUAAUCAUAGUUUUCUCGUAAUGAAGGCUUUUUGUAUAGUUGCAAUUCACCUGUGUUAUGACCUUGAUAGG